AUGGACGAUACUGCCAAACGUACGGGUACUAUUGAUAGCAAAGAAGAGGUGAAGACCAGGACUACCGGUAUUGCUGAAGAAGCCACCGUCAAAAGUUCUGAUGCCAAUGAGCUUAAUCCUCAAUCACAACCAACACAACGUGAGCCAGUGGGUACAACCACAACAGGACCUAACCCCAGUCUUGAUGGUUCGGAGAGCAACAACUCUAUGGGCAUGGUUGGAAAGAGGCUCAUUCUUGCACAAGAGCUAGCUGGUCAACCCCAACCACAAACAAAACCAACACCACCUGGGCCAGUACCAUCCUCCAAAAGAACUGAUCCCGCCAAUUGUAAGACAGCAAACAAAACUACUACUGGUAGUAUAGCCAAAACCGCAGAAGGCCAUCAUCCCAGUCUUGACAUGUCGGACAGCAACAACUCCUUGAUCGGCAUGACUGGAAAGAGACUCAUUCUAGAACAAGAGUUAGCUGAUGCAGUUAAUGCAGCGAAUGUAAUGACUGGUGCAAUGACUAGGCAUGUGGAUAAUGCAGGAGCAAGCCCACUGGAACCCCCUCAACUUACAAGACAGGACGAUGUGCAACAGAAUCAACAGGUUCUGCCAGGAGCAGUAGCGGUACCAGGGGUUGGAGAAAGGCAAUUUGGAUCCUCAUCAGUACCCAGCAUUUCAGAUCGGGAACAGCAAGAUUUUGUUAUUGGCAAUCAUCAUGACAAUCACAAUGUGGGCCUGGUGGAAGCAGAGUCAGUGGACGACCUGGAGCAGCCCAACGCCAUAGCUCUUCCUGCCAUUGAUAGCACCAACACCAGACAGUCCAUUACUCAGAAGUAUCAGCUACGAUUUGCAGGUUUUGCAAUCACUCUAUUGCUCAUAGGAGGGAUCAUUAUUGGCUCUAUUUGUGGGGCUGGAUUGUGUAAGGCUGAUGAUUCAGCUCAGCCUACAAGGAUGACAGAGAGGGACACCCUUCAGGCUCCCAAGAUGAAAUCAGUCCUAACUGAAAUGUUGGGAGAUGGUUACUUUGAUCAAGUAGUGGGAGAAUCCGAUGAUGAUUUGGAUGCUGACCUUUCUCACGUCUUUGUGGAAACAAGGCAGAGAGCAUUCGAUUGGAUUGUCAAUCAUGAUCCAAUGCAGUUGGGAUUUGAUGCUCCCAAUUUGGUUCAACGAUUUGUUCUGGUGCUCUUCUACUAUCAGACAACAAGGCACACGCCAUGGAGAGAGUGCAACCCAACAGUAACUGGCCAAGAGAGUGCAUCAGUUAAUUUCUGCUAUGAACCUGAUCGUUUUUCUGGCGAGAUAACCUCAACCAUCUGGGGGAAUCAGUGGCUCUCUGACAGUCAUGAAUGCCAGUGGGCUGGAGUGACCUGUGAGACUGUAGAGUCAAAAGAAAAGAUAGUUGUUGGGAUACACAUUGCACGGAAUGGUCUCAAUGGCCCUCUUCCCUCGGAGGUUGUACAGCUACCACAGUUCAAACAACUUGAUUUGUACUCAAAUGUGCUGACAGGAACAUUGCCACCAAAGUUCUUUUCCAACCAAGCAGGCCUUACCCUGGAAAAUCUUUUUCUGGGCGCGAAUCAAUUCUCUGGAACUCUUCCUUCGGAAUGGUUUGUAAACAUACUUGCAGGAAAAGGAAAACUUACUGAUCUUCAGCUACAGCAAAACACAUUGACCGGGAAAAUUCCAUCAGAGUUGGGUCUACUCCCUUUGAAUAGCCUUGUACUCGCAAACAACGAACUUUCAGGUUCGAUUCCACAACAACUAUUCCACCAAUCUUCGCUUGAACGGCUGGAGUUGGGGAAAACAGAUCUCACUGGAACACUGCCAGGCGAAAUUGGAAUGCUCACGAAUUUGCGACACCUUGGCUUGGAAGACACACAUAUUUCGGGGUCCCUGCCCUCUGAGAUUGGCCUGGCAAAGUUGCUUUUUGACAUUGUUCUCUCCAACACCAACCUGCAAGGGACAAUUCCUGAUGAAGUCUACACAGGACUUGACAUUCUGCAGCUUUUGGCGGUUAGCAAUUGCAACUUCUCUGGUACCAUCAGUUCAUCCAUUGGUCUGAUGACAACACUAAGGGAGCUGCAUCUGGCCAAUAACAACUUCCAUGGGACCAUCCCAAAUGAGAUUGUGGCAGUCACAAAGCUGCGAAAACUAUUGGUGGAUGGGAAUGAGCUCACUGGAACAGUUCCAAUCUCUUUCUGCGAGAAUUUCUAUGCUAUGGAGCGAAUUUCUUAUAAGGUUGUGGCAGACUGUUUGCCCAUUCCCGAAACAGGAAUGUCAGGAAUCCAAUGUGAUUGCUGCACUAGCUGUUGCGACAAGACAGGAGUUUGCCUUGCCAAUUAA